UAUGAUUGUAGGGAGGUCUCUGUGCUUCUGAGGUCGACCAACGCUGUAUUCUCUAUAGAAUAUAUACUCCAUGGCGCUGAUAAAUUUUAGUGAUCUCCGCAAAUGACAGUGAGGAAGUUUUGUUUGCGCUCUAUAUACACAAAUUUACAUCACAAUGGCUACAGAGAAGGUUACAUUGCAAGAUGCUCUGUCAAAUGUUGAUGUUUUGGAUGAGUUGCCUUUACCUGAUGAACAACCCUGCAUUGAAGCACAACCUUGCUCAGUUGUUUACCAGGCAAAUUUUGAUACUAAUUUUGAAGACCGAAAUGGUUUUGUCACUGGUAUUGCCAAGUACAUCGAAGAAGCCACAGUUCAUGCAAGUUUGAAUGAACUGCUAGAUGAAGGUUUAGUACAUGCAGUGAUGUUGUACACCUGGCGUUGUUGUUCAAGAGCAAUUCCUCAACCCAAGUCUAAUGAACAACCAAAUAGGGUAGAAAUUUAUGAAAAAACUGUGGAAGUUCUAGCCCCAGAAGUUAACAAACUCUUGAAUUUCAUGUAUUUUCAGCGGAAAGCUAUUGAGAGAUUUUCAGCAGAAGUGAAAAGAUUAUGUCAUCAGGAGAAGAGGAAGGAUUUUGUCUCAGAGGCAUAUCUUUUAACUCUUGGAAAAUUUAUCAACAUGUUUGCAGUGUUAGAUGAAUUAAAAAAUAUGAAAUCUAGCGUUAAAAAUGAUUAUUCUACAUACAGAAGGGCUGCACAGUUUCUUAAAGUUAUGGCUGAUUCUCAGACAUUGCAGGAGUCACAAAAUCUUUCAAUGUUCCUUGCUACACAAAACAAGAUUAGAGAUACCGUUAAGGAAAAUUUGGAAAAGAUAACAGGAUAUGAGGAACUGUUGGCUGAUGUUGUAAAUAUUUGUGUUCAUAUGUUCGAAACUAAAAUGUAUCUCACCCCAGCUGAGAAACACAUGCUUGUUAAAGUUAUGGGAUUUGGUCUUUUCUUGAUGGAUAGUGAUCUGUGCAAUAUUAACAAACUUGAUCAAAAAAAGAAACUUAAACUUGAAAAAAUUGAUCGAAUUUUUAAGAACUUGGAAGUUGUACCUUUGUUUGGUGACAUGCAAAUUGCUCCAUUUAAUUACAUUAAAAGAAGUAAACAUUUUGAUCCAUCAAAAUGGCCCUUAUCUAGCUCAAAUAGUAUUAGUCCACAAGCUGAUUUAAUGGUGCACUUGCCACAAAUUAGAGAAGACCAUGUUAAAUAUAUCAGUGAACUGGCUCGUUACAGCAAUGAGGUGACUACUACAUACAAAGAGACACGAAGUGAUGUUGAAAAUAGAGAAACAGCUGAAUUAGCAUUGCGUGGGCUUCAGCUCUUAUCUGAAUGGACAAGUGUUGUUACUGAAUUGUACUCAUGGAAGUUGCUUCAUCCAACUGAUCAUCAUCAAAACAAAGAAUGCCCUGCAGAAGCUGAAGAAUAUGAAAGAGCAACCCGAUACAAUUAUACAGAAGAAGAAAAAUUUGCUUUAAUUGAAGUAAUUGCAAUGAUAAAAGGGUUGCAAGUAUUGAUGGCAAGAAUGGAAACUGUUUUUACCGAUGCAAUACGCCGAAAUAUUUAUGCUGAACUUCAAGAUUUUGUACAGUUAGUACUUCGAGAGCCUCUACGAAAAGCCAUAAAAAACAAAAAGGAUCUCAUCAGAAGUAUCAUAGUCUCAGUAAGGGAAACCUGUGCUGAUUGGCAACGUGGAGUGGAACCACAGCAAGAUCCUGCCUUGAAGGGCAAAAAAGAUCCAGAUAAUGGUUUUGGUAUUAAAGUGCCCCGUCGAAAUGUUGGUCCAUCAUCUACCCAGCUAUACAUGGUGAGAACUAUGCUUGAAUCGCUUAUUGCUGAUAAAUCAGGAGGAAAAAGAACUCUACGAAAAGAUAUUGAUGGACAGUAUUUGGUGCAAAUAGAUCAAUUUCACAAGACUUCAUUUUUUUGGAAUUAUCUCCUUCGUUUCAGUGCUUCCCUUCAAGACUGCUGUGAUUUGUCUCAAUUGUGGUAUCGUGAAUUCUAUCUUGAAAUGACAAUGGGGAGAAGAAUUCAGAAAUGUACGGUGAGACAUCAACAUAAUGAAGAGUGCAGUGACCUCAUCACCAUGGAGAAGCGUAUUCAGGUAGAGCAUUGGAAAUGCAUAGUCAUGGAGACAUAGUCCAAACGUUCAUAGACAGUCUUAUUAAUUAUGAGUACAUAUGUCUUUUGUUAAAAGAAAAGAAAAAUAACACAAAAAUGUCUGUUACUUUUGAGUAAUGGUUUGAUAUUGAACUUCUGGGACUGUGUUUUCAUUGCUUGCAGAAUCUGUUUUAUUCAGUUUAGUUGGCUGUCCCUGCAUCUAGCAUGUGUUCAUGUUGGUUGCUUGGUGUCUUGCAGAGAGCAGCUGGAUGGUGCAGCAUUGAUUACUAUAGAAUUUCACUAAAAAGUGAAGUACUGUAUUGUAUUUUAAAAAUGGGUACUUUAAAAAAAAAUGAAUCUACUGUUUUGUUCUCAGUAUGUACAUAACCCUUGGCUUUGUUUUUAUAGUAAAUUCUGUCAUGAUCACAGGGUCAAUAUGUUGGUUUGUUAAUGCUAAUUGUAUUUAAGGUAUAAGGUUUGCAGAAAUUAUUCUGCUUACAUUGUUUUUUGUUCCUUCUAAUUUCUUGCAUGGUAUGGUAUGAGUAAUUUUAAAACUUGUUUGUAAAUUAGCCUUUCUUCUUUAUUUUCAUAGUUUGAAUUGUCUUCACCCAUCAUGUAACAAGCAGUUUUAAUAGAAAAACAUUGUAUAGAAUUUCCUUUAUAUCCUGCAGCAUUAGGCUUGUGUUCCCAUUUUGUUAAAAUAUACAUAUGUUUUAAUCUUAAUUGAAAUAAUUACUUCAUUGGUGAAAGAUACUCAUUAGUGCUUAGAACUUGCUUUGUUUUAUAAUUCGACUCGUUUGGAUGCACUUCCAUCACAGUAAGUGUUUGCACAAAAUAAAAUUGUGGAAAAGAGCAAUAAAUCGACAGCACAAUAAGCACAUUAUGUCACGGGCCCAGCAUGUCUUGGUUAAUGUGAAACGUAAUGUCUGCUUUAGUAUUACAUUGAUUUUUAACUUAAGACUGUUAAGAAUUCUUCCACAUAUCUAGAUUUUUUUCAGAAGUUUAUAUUUGUGUUUAAAGCAUAAUUUUAAUCCCUUCAAUUUGAAGACAGCUUGCUUCAGAAUAGCUAAGGUUAAAUAAGAAAUAAUAAACAAAUUAUAACUUCCAAAGUUUCCUUGUGUGCUGUUUGUGUUUAACUAAUGCCUUUAUGAAUAUGAAUUGUACAUGAACAUGAGCAUUUUUGUUGCCACUAACCAUUGGCUGACUAACUCCAGGCAAAACAAUUUCUACGUUUGUUAAUUAGUCUUAAAUAAAUGCUUGUGAAUGAAGGAAUAUAACAGUGUGGUAAAAAUAGUUGUAUUUUUGUAGGCUUCUAUGCUUAUGAUUUUCUUGUAGCAAUGUUGAAUUCAUCAAAAUUAACAGAAUGCUAUUUAGAGUGGUGCAUAGUAGAGACACAAAUGUUUGUUCCAGUUUCCAAUUGAGAUGUCGAUGCCUUGGAUUCUUACAGACCACAUUCUGAGAACCAAGGAACCAUCAAUGAUGGAGUAUGUUCUCUAUCCUUUGGAUCUGUACAAUGAUAGUGCUUUGUAUGCAUUGACGGUCUUCAGAAAGCAGUUCCUUUAUGAUGAAGUGGAAGCUGAAGUUAAUUUGUGUUUUGAUCAAUUUGUAUAUAAGCUAAGUGAGCAAAUUUUUGCUCAUUAUAAACAAUUGGCAUCAAGCAUUUUAUUAGACAAGAGAUUCAGAGUGGAAUGUGUAGCACAAGGUACUUAUCUUCUGGCAUAUCCAAGAGCAAAUCGUUAUGAAACACUUUUGAAGCAAAGGCAUGUUCAACUCUUGGGUCGAUCCAUUGAUCUUAACAAACUUAUAACUCAGAGAAUAAAUGCAGACAUGCAGAAGUCAUUGGAUCUGGCCAUUAGUAAAUUUGAAGCUGGAGAUAUCACAGGAGUUGUGGAAUUGGAUGGAUUGCUUCAAGUGAAUCGUUUGUGUCACAAAUUGUUAUCAAAAUUUUUGGCUUUAGAUGAAUAUGAUGCAAUGUUUCGAGAAGCAAAUCAUAAUGUUCUUGCUCCUUAUGGUAGAAUAACUCUUCAUGUAUUUUGGGAAUUAAACUAUGAUUUCCUGCCUAAUUAUUGCUACAAUGCUGCAACAAGCCGAUUUGUGCGAUGCAGAGGAAUUCAAUUUGCUCAGCCAGUGCAUCGAGAUAAACCACCUCAAAUGGGCCACCACUAUCUAUGGGGAAGCAAGCAAUUGAAUUUGGCUUACAGCACAAUAUAUGGGCAAUAUUCUGGUUUUGUGGGUGCACAACAUUUUCGUACUAUGUGUCGCUUGCUUGGCUAUCAGGGUAUUGCAGUUGUUAUGGAAGAAUUGCUAAAAAUUGUGAAAAGUCUUUUGCAAGGAAAUAUACUGCAGUUCACUAAAACACUAAUGGAGGCCAUGCCUAAAGUGUGCAAACUGCCACGUUAUGAUUAUGGAUCACCAGGUGUCUUGGGUUACUACCAUGCUCAGUUAAAUGAUAUUGUGCAGUACCCUGAUGCAAGAACAGAGAUGUUUCACAGUUUCCGAGAACUAGGAAACACAAUUCUUUUCUGCUUAUUGAUGGAACAAGCAUUGUCUCAAGAGGAAGUGUGUGACUUACUUCAUGCUGCUCCUUUCCAGAAUAUUUUGCCUAGACCAUAUUGUAAAGAUGGAGAGAAACCUGAAACGAAACAAAAGAGAUUGGAAGCCAAGUAUUCUGCUUUACAGAUUGUUCCUAGUAUUGAUAAACUUGGCACACCAAAGCAAGCUUUAAUUGCCCGUGAGGGUGAUUUGUUGACUAGAGAACGAUUAUGUUGUGGUUUGUCAAUCUUUGAAGUUGUACUCAGCCGUCUGCGUAGUUUUUUGGAUGAUCCUAUAUGGGUUGGCCCACCACCAACCAAUGGAGUCAUUAAUGUUGAUGAAUGUACCGAAUUUCAUCGUUUAUGGUCAGCUCUUCAGUUUGUUUAUUGUAUUCCAGUUGGGGAUACUGAAUUUACUGUGGAAGAAUUGUUUGGUGAAGGUCUAAACUGGGCAGGGUGCACAAUGAUUAUUCUGUUGGGACAGCAACGCAGAUUUGAAGCACUUGAUUUUUGUUACCAUAUUUUGCGCGUACAAAGGGUAGAUGGCAAAGAUGAAAUGGUGAAAGGAAUUGCAUUGAAGCGCAUGGUGGAUCGAAUUCGCCGCUUUCAGGUGUUGAACUCGCAGAUAUUUGCUGUGCUCAACAAGUUUCUGAAGUCUGGCGACUCUGAUGUUAUGUCAGUAGAGCAUGUCAGAUGCUUUCCUCCUCCAAUUCACCCCACUUUAGCAGCACAGGCACAUUACUACCGGCCUGAAAACAUCAGACAAACUGUGCAACAUUGAAAUUUUACUUGUAUUGAGAUUUAGCAGUGCAUUAUGUUCAGAUAAAAAAAACUGCUUUGUCAUCCAUUGUACACUGAGAAUAUUUUCUGUGGUUUGCAAUGAAUUUAGAAAAGGAAUAACCAUCUCCCCUUGUAUUAACAGGGUCUCCUUUCAUAGUAAGGGAAAGAUGUAAACAUUUGUAGGAACUUUUCAUAUUGAAUUUACAGUGUAUUUAUUGUUUUAUGGAAAUGUUUAGUCUUUCCAGCUUGUUAUUGCAGACUGUCAUGUUGAUGCCUAUGCAUAUUUUCUUUUGCAAAUAGUUUUGUUUCACAAGACAAGUUUGUUAUUUUUUUCCCUUCUUUUACUAUAUAUUGUGUAGAAUUCAACUAGGUUAUGUAAUUAAUAGUGGACUCUGUCCUUGUAUACUAAAUGUUCAGAACUUUGUCAUUUUUAGUGCAAGACCAUAAACUAUGCCUAUCAUUAGAGCUAAAUGUUUGCAACACUUUUUUCAGUGCAAAUAUUAUGUCAUCUGAAUGGUGUAGUAGUACAAGACCUGAUCGAGGACAUGUGAUUGGUAUCAGCCUAUAGUUGGCAAUGGACAAUUUUUGUAAUGAAAUUAACCAGUACAAUAGAGCCUACCAGGUGUGGGGAAAGAGGAAGCCGAUGUGUUCCUUCUCACAAAGCCUAAGACUGAGAUGAGUCCAGUAUUCUGAACAUUGCAAAUUACUAUGCCAAUUUUCUCACUUUCAUUUGGAGUGUAAGUAACUACUCUAAAACAGGAAAUGUGUGCCAUUUGGCUAUUUAUUGUAGUUGCGAAUAUCAUCAAGCUAAGAACUGUAUUUUUAUCAGUAUUUAUAUGGCACUAAUGUGCAUGUUAAUCAAAUGUACAUAGCAAUAUGUAGUUAAGAAAAUAAUUUUCAUUUAUUACAUUCCUAUUUUAUAUUGUCGUGAAAAAGAAAAUACAUGCCAAAGGUUUAUACAAAGCUUGUUUUUAAUACCAUAACAUACCAUAAGUACUUCAAAAUUUGAAAAGCAUUUGUAACUGCUUAUUUAAAAUACUUGUGACAUUCUUUUCAACAAUUUAUGCCAUGUCAGCAAAGAAGUCUGAAGCAUUUUUGUACUUGGAUGAUGGUAAAUUGUGACUUUGGGUCUUCUUCACAGAUUUCUUCUUUCCAUCAAUUUCUAUAUCUUCAAAAUAUCUUAUCCUCCAAAAUUUUAUUAACUGAUCGUGACCAUAGGAUGCUAUUAAAUCUCCAUCAUGGGAUAUGUCAACACAUUCAACAGGUAACUGAUGUUGUCCUGCUACCCCCAAGUGUCUGUGAGGGAAAAGAUGAGUUGCCCUGUGGACGAAAACAAUACCAGUUUUAACCAAUUUAACAAUACCAACAUAACCUGUAAGUGGUAACAUAAUAGGUAAUACCAAUAUUUCAGACCCUGUGUUUUGUUUCAACAUUAUUCAAUGUUUUUAUUGAAGCAGUAAGUAAAAUAUACUUACUGCUUCAAUAAAAAAUGUUCACAGAAAUUCAGGUCUAAGACCUUCAGGGCAAAUUUACAACAAUGGAUAAGAAAAAUUACAGACUGAUGUUAUUACAGAGAGAAUCUCAAAUGUGGCAUAGCUCUGCAGUCGAAGUUCCAACGUAACCAGUAUAGUCAAAUUAACAAAAAGAAAUAAGUGAUAGCAUCGGUCUCUCAGAUCCUACCACUAAGGGUUAAUAACAUAGCAUAAUUGCAUAGUAUGCAUUUCUUAAUAACUACAUUGACAAAAUUGAAUUCUCUCCAGUGGUAAAUUUAACAUUUUUUUUUAUUGGUGAUAUAGUGUACUAAAUUAAAUAUGCAUCAUAGUUGAUUUUGAAACAAUUUGUAGCAUGCUGUGACACUAAAGUGGAAUAUCUACAUUUCAGUUCUUGUAUCUUUCGAACCAAAAUUAUGAAAUAAUUUUUACAAUUUAUUUGGGUGCAUUUUAAUUGUAACUGUUGAAAUAAUUUCAUAUUAUUCAAAGCAUUAAUUCUGUCAGCCAACUCUUCAAAAAUAUGGAAUUACAUCUUUACCUUAAUAUUCCAUCCUCACAUGCAGUUAAAAUGAUAUUUUCAGUAAUAGGAAUAAGACUAUUUAUUCCUUUUUUGGGAUUGGGGAAUUCAUCACUAUGAUAUCCAAAUUCACCCCAAUUGAAGAGAUACACUGUUCCUUUUGCAGUGGCAGCUACAAGUUUCCUGUCAUGUUUCACUGUUGCUAGCCCAGUGAUUUCUGUAUUGUAUGGUUCUGACUGUAUAUGCAAUUUCCGCAUUCCUAUAUUUAAUGAUGUAAUUGUUCCAUCACCACUUGCACAAACAAUAAAUUUUUUAGCAUCAUUGGUUAUCAUGCAACUCACAUAAUCUUCCAUUUCUUUCAAAGAAAAUAUAGCAUCUUUUUUUCUCAUGUCCCACAAUUUGACAGUUCCAUCAUCAUCUCCUGAAGCCAGAAUGUUUGGAUUUACUACUAGAAGACUAUACACAGGAGCGUCAUGAGCAUUUUCAUAAACUUGUUUUAAUUUCCCUGUUUCCAUGUCAGAUACCAUGAUUGAUUUGUCUUUUGAUGUGGAAUAUAAUAACGUGCCAUCAUCAUUAAAUUCUACAUCUCUGCAAGACUUUAAAUGCAGUUCCAAAGUUUCAGAAAGUUCAUUAUUAUCGUUGUUAUAUUUAUACACUAAUGCAUCUCCUGUUACGGUAGCUGCAACUAUUAUAUCUUCACUUGGAUGGAAACAAAUGUCAGUAACAAAAUCUUCGCACUCAAUAUCUGCAGGAUGUUGACGAACUUUAUUCCUUUCUCUUAUAAUAGCUUUAACGACUUCGUCGUCCUCCUCUUCUUCAUUCAAAACAAUCGAGUCUUCUGCAUUACUGCAUUGAGGAAUAAUCUGUUCUGUUUCCUGUUUUGUUCCAGAAUCACUUUCCGAACUACUACUGGAACUGUCAGUCAUUGAAACAUCAGAAUCACUGUCGGACACAUGCGAAUCGUGGUCGCUUUCACUAGAAGGAUCAUCCAAUUCUUUUCUUGGACACAUUUUAUAAACCGAAAGGUCUUUUGGCCAAUAAAGUGUUCCCGGCGAAAACAAAUUUCUCUCGCAUUCACGUUAGUAGCACGAAUACCGCUUUACUUAGUACGCACUUUUUAAAGAACCCUUCCUGACCUCCACCAGAAGGAUCAAAAAGGCAUCGACUCCCCAAACACUACACGUGCUUGCACGUGUGCUGGGGGGCGGAAUAAAGACGGGUUGGCAGAUGCUGCCAACUGCGUAACCAAAGUUACUGGCCAUGGAAAAAGACGCCAAGACGUCCGCAUUAUCCGCAACCUGCAACCCUACGUGCCCUUAUGUGGUGGUGUGCAAUGGUAUGAAUCUAAACGUUACGGCCAAUUUUAUGUUGCAUUAGCCGACGAACCACAGAAGUGACGCAGUUUUUAUCGAUUAAUACUUUUCUUUGCAAUGGAUCAAACACAAAAUUAUUGACUUACGUAGAAGGGAGGUCUGAGGUGCAUUCAUGACAGCUAAGUGCAAAAUUGUCGCAUAGCAGUAACUUGUAAGGUUAAUCUUGUAAACAUGUAUUUUGGAGUUAAACUUCCAUCUCAGGAAGGUUGAAUAAAAGUAUGUCAUAACAUUUGAAUUGACAACUCUAGAUGCUCCUCUGUCACAGUGUAAAAUGGUUUCUCCAGGAAUUUCUCAACACUUUUAGUACAUAAAGAAGGUUUACAGCUCAUGUAAAUUUAUCUGUCAGCAAUGGAGGGACAGUCAAUUUGUAACAAAGCUGCUAUAUUUUUCAUGAUAAGUUUCCGUCAACUAUGUUUGAUAACCGUGUCGUUACCACUCUGUGCAUUGCUCAUUUGCUUUAUCACUGCCUAUAUCUUCCAGCAAGAUGACAUUCAUGAAACACAUUGUCGGGUAUACAAUGUUAUUCCUUCCAUCAGUGCUAUUACUGGUAUUAGCCCUCAACGCUAUUUAUGGAGAAUUUGUAUUGCCUUCCAUGUUGGACCACGAGUUGUUAUUGCAUCUGUAUAUCGAUCAUAUUAUCGUCAACUACUCUCUCUUUCCAAACAUGCCACAGAUGCAAAAGCCAUACGCCUCUUGGAUGUAUGCUUCUGGCUGAAUGUGGUAGAAAUUGCUGCUUUAUGUGGAGUGACAUACAUUUCCAAUCGAGAGAAUUACCCUAUUCAUGAAAAAAUCUUCAUACUUUUUAUGUUUGGAUCUCUCAGUUACAUGCUCGCCACAAUAAAAGUUUUUAAAUUGUUGAGACCAAAUAUGACUGAAACAGAGAAGACCUCUUAUCUGUUCAAAAAGUGUCUUUUUAUAUUAUCAAUAUGUUGCACUGUGGGUUUACUGAUUUUUUUCCUGAAACAUCGCCUGCUGUGCCAUGAAAUGGCUUUCAGUUGGUUCUCAUUGUGUGAAUACUGUAUUGCUUCAGCUAAUAUGGCAUUUCAUGUCACAGUGGUGCUAGACUUUCCAACUGAGAACUUGUUAGUGAAACGUGAUCUGCCACUUGUGAAUGUUAAUGCUGAUAAUGAAAUUGUGCAUCUCAAGGAAAACUAGUAUUUUAUGUUAUUCAUAAUUUUAAGAUAUUAGCAACUAUGCUAAUUAGAAGCACUGCCAAGGCUUGCUAGGCAGGAUGCGCAAAGCACAAAUUUUGAAAUAUUAACCCUUUUUCCAAAGUGGUGAUCAAGAAACUAAGUAUAUUGUGUAAAACUGCUGAAAGCUUUUGAAAACUAAAAUGAAUGUAAUAAUAUAUUACUUAACUCGAGUGAGAAAGAAACUUAUUUCUCUCUGUUAUUUUCUUGUAAAUCAUUAAGUAUGCUUAGCAAUUUAGUUGUAAUUAUAAUAAUAUUGAAUUCCAGGUGAAAAGUUUGAUUCAAGUUGGUAACAUCUUUUAUUGUAGUUAUGAAUUCCAUUUCAAUGCCAAAUUCCUGCCAUAGCAAGUCGGCAUGCACAAUAGACAUUUUGAGAUUUUGACAUUUUUAGGAGUAUCUGCACAGUACUUAUGCAAUAUGGAUACAAGAUUAGAGAAAGUAUUUUUGAGUACUUUCAGUAAGGAAUGAUUGUUACUCGCAUAUCAGAAUCAGAAAAGGCAUUAAUAUAAUGGAACUGAUUUAUUUAUUUAUUUAUUUACUUUUGUGUUUGCUUUCAAAACAGGAUGUGCAGUUGUUUGUACACACUUUUGUUGGUUCAAUAUUCUUAUGAUUCAUAUUAGAAAUAUCUUUAAUCUUAAAAUCCAACUUGUUUUAGGAAACCUGUAAGGGAGGUGAAGCUGAUGCUUAUUUGAGCAUCAGGUUGCAAAACUAAUCAAAUGAUAUUUCAUUUGGUUUACUCAUGAUUGAUAGGAGACUGUUCAUAAAAGCUAGUCAUUGCUUUUUAUACAUUUUAUUUUUGAACCUUUUAAAACAUUUAUUUUUACAUAUUUAUUGAUGCUUUGUACCAAAGUACUCAUUCUGUUGAAUGUUAAUGUUAUUCUGUUAGUUGUUUGUGAAAAUGUAUUAUUAAGUAUAAAAUGUAAUUUUUCUAAAGUACAUGCAGAUAAAUAUUUUUUCUGCAUUUUAUUGCAUUUACUUCAUUUAAUUUAUUGGGCAUUGUUACAAUUCUCUUUGAUUCUUUGUUAAAAAGAGGUACAAAACAAAUUGUUAAUGGUUGUAAUGAAUAGAACAUUUUUUAAUAAUUAUUUAAAAUUUGAUACUGAGCUUGAAAGGAAAUUAUAAUUUCAUUCCACAUUUAAUCUGUAGAUGAAAAAUAUUUUUAAAAAAAUAAUUUAUUUGCAAUUAAUGCUUUAAUUUCACAUUUUUGCGGUUCAAUAAUGGUUGAUCUGUUGAGGAAGAAAUGUUUUUGAACUUUGAUACUUGAGCGAGAUUUAUGGAAAUAAACUGAUAAGAUCAUUUGAUGAAAUAAUCUAGGAAAUAGCAGCUGCCUUUAUUCGAAAUAGAAGCAGUUUUAGUUACGUGCAGCUGUUCAUGUUGCCUUUUGGAGAUGCAGUAAACUUGAAGAAGCUUUAUAAAAUGCAUUAUAAUGUAGUAAUGUUAAAACAGCACAGCAUACAGAGGUAUUAGUACCAGGGUAUGUUGUUGUAGCUCAUACGUUUGUAGUUGGUAAGAAUGAUUUUGAUUAAUUUUUGAUCAAAAUAAUGGCAUAGUGAACAAAUGUGUACAGUACCUACACUCUUCAGGAUGUUUUUGUGGGAGUUUACACGUAGUUAAUUGCAUUCAAUAUAAAGAAAAUACUCCACAAAAACAUACAUCUAGAAAUUAAGCAUUUCAUUUAUAUAUACUGUACAGGUGGAAUAAUUUUUUUUAAGUUAAAUGAAACAGCACAAGUUUACACAUUUGGGCACUAUGUUAAAAAAAUAAACUUCACAUUUGUUCUGAUUUUUAAAGUAUUCAAAGCCUAUUUAUUGUGAUAAGUUGGUUAAUUGCAAAUUGCUGUUUGAGAGUGUUUAUAAGAAAAUUUGAACAUCAAGACAAUGAACAGCUUUCACAGAUAGGCUUAAUUUUAUGUGCCUAAAUAACAUAAAAUUGUUUUAAUAAGAGGUGAUACAGAAUACUGAAGUAAGAUAUUACUAUUAAAGCUUAAGUAACCAUAUUUUACAAAACUAAUAUUACCUAUUAAGACUAACAGACACUAGUCAGUUGAUAUGCAAUAGAAGUCAUAGAGUUAGGCUCAGUUAAUGAAACUAGACAAUUGAGAUUUGAAAAUAAUAGCAUUCAAAUCUUGCACAUGAAGUGAUCUAUGAAUUAUAUUUAUGUCAAGUAAUUUUUAUAUUUAAAAAAGUUAUUUUUUUAGAAAGUCAUUUUGUUCAUAUAACAAAAUUUGCUCUUUAAUCCAUUCUCACUGCUAUAUGCCCUUGUAUUCUGAAUUUUCCUGGUUCAAUGCAUAGCUGUACUUUCCUUGCAAUUUACUCUUUUAUUUAAUUUUUUAUAUUGGAAACCUUGCUUGUAAAAAAAUAGAUAAUGCAAGGAAUAGUUUUGUCAUUUGAGUAUUAGAAGUAAGGAUUUUGGGUAAUAACCAGACUACUGUUGGAUAAUAUACACUUAGUCUUCAAUCUUUCUCACAUGCUUUGCUCUGCUUUGAGAAAAUAAACAUGUUUGUCAAUUUUUUUAAAAAAUCUAUUGCAUCAAUACAGUCAAAGUAUAUUUCAGAGAAACUCUUUUACAGGAAUCUUUUCAAGAUACACGGUGCAUGUUAUCACUUAUGGUAGAUAAACAUCACAAUGCUGUUAUUGUGAUGAUCAUAUCAAUGUGGUUGUACCUGUGCAGUUAAAUAAUAUUAAGUUGUACUGUCCUGCAGUUUAUUACAAAUAUAGCUUGUCAAAAGAAUUAAUACUGUACAGUGCAACAGUCAUAAAAUAUAAUUUUAAUGAGUGAGAAAACAAGAAUCCUUUUGCGGGUCAAAAGGUGAAUAUGUAUGAGAAUGAAAUUUCAUUAUGACAUGAAAUGAUUACUCUUAAGUAUGUUUAUUCAGGUACAAAAGCUGUAACAAUGCACUGGUAACUAUGCAUUGUUAUUUGAUGAAGUUCCUUGAAAUUUUAUGUGCAUUUUAUUGGCUUGUAAUGCAUUUCUCUUAACAUCUCUUUAAUGGAACUUGCAUCAUUUUAUAUGUCAAUUUGAGAGUUUACAAAAAGUCUGUUGUACCAGUGUUGCUUUGCUGAGUAGGUUUUAACUGCAUUGGAAUGAUUUCCUUGGUCAGCAUGCUUUAGACAUCAAUACUUGUAGUGAAACUUUUCUAAUGUGUAGAAAUUAACUGUAACAGCAACACAGGCAUAUUUUACAGACACUGUGAUCAUUUGUACAUUUCUAUACCUUCUUUUUCAUCUAAACGUUUUAUUAAUCCUGAUCUGCUCGUUAGAAAGUAAUAAUUUUGAAACAUUAAGUUGUAGCAGCUUAGACACAAAUUUAGAAUGUAAUAACAUACUUAAACACAGUGUUUCUCAAUAAAUGAGUUAAUAAUUUAAUGAAUAAUGCCUCUAUUUGCAUAAGACUUUGGCCAAAAUAUAGUGUUCAAAGAUAGGAGAUGUUGGUUUUCAAUGUAGGAUAACUUUUAUAUUUGCUAAAUAUUGCUCUAGAAAUUAGAGGAAAUCCAAGAUCUCCAAAGAAAUGUCGCCAGAGAGUUGAGAAACACUGUUCAAAAAGCUUUUUUAUAAAUAAUACUCUCACAACUUAAUAGAAUUGCAAAAAUCUGUCUACCUUUUGUCAUAAUCUCUGUAUUACUGAUCUCUAAGAAUGAAAACAUCUUUAUUAUCAAUUUAUUUCUUGCACAUAUCAUGUUCAUGAUUGUUUUCAUUUUUGUAGAGAUAUUUUAUGUAUCUAUUUGUAUGGUGUUUAAUUAGUAUUCCAAGUUUUAAGCAGGCUACGAUGCAUGCAUAGGAAGCACGUAUCUGUGCAUUUCCAGCAAUAUAUACUGACAAGUAGAGAAUUCCAUGCUGUUCUUUAUAGUAAAACUGUGUUGUUGUUUUUUUGUAAUAACAUCUGAUUUUUAUAAAUUUCUUUUUUGAGACUUCUGAUUGUUCCUGUACGUAUAAUUGGUUUAAUACAAAAUGUUUGCUAUAAUUUCAGGAACUGUGACAAGAUUCUGUUGAGAACAUGGAAUCAAUAAUAUUGUGACAAUUUUCAAAUUAAACAUCAAGAAUUCAAUGUGCAAGUUGUAUUUUUUUUAUCUGAAUCCUUCCAGGAAAUUCCAUGAAUUUAGAAAAACCCAGAUGUUAAGUUUUAUGAAAAUUGAAUUAUUCUUGUAAAUAAUGCUUUCCAAGCUUGUGACAAUUCAUUAAAAGAAAUCUCACUUUGAAAAUAUCCCAGCCUUUCAAUUGUUUCGCAUAUAUCUGACCAAUCUGUCAAAUGUAUCAAAAAUAUGAAUGUAAAAGCAUAACAUGAUAUUGACAAGUGAUUUGAAGAACUAUGCAUCAUAAGCUAAUAAGUACUACACUAAAUAGUUUUGUGCUAAAAUAUGAAUCAAAAGUUAAUAAAGAAAUAUUUGAGUCAAAAUAUGUACCAC